AUGUUUGGUUUGAGGAAAUCUCCGGCAAAGCUUCCUAAGCAUAACUCAGUUGAUCCUGGAUUUCUCAAAUCCUCCAAGCCGAAUCCUUUUGAUUCAGAUGAUGAACUGGACAACAAACACACACUUAACCCUUCGAAGAGGACUUCCUCCGAACCUUCUUUGGCCGAAAUGACAAACCCCUUUGAUGGUGAGGAGGCUGAGAAAGGGUAUAGUUCAUCGAAGCAGUCUUUGACUUCCAACUCGAAAUACCAGUACAGGAACAACUUCCGCGAUUCGGGAGGUAUUGAAAACCAGUCGGUACAGGAGCUUGAGGGUUACGCUGUGCACAAGGCUGAAGAGACGACCAAAUCUGUACAGGGUUGCCUGAAAGUAGCAGAAGAGAUAAGGUCAGAUGCUACCAGAACUUUGGUCAUGUUGCACGAGCAGGGAGAGCAGAUCACGAGGACGCACCAUAAAGCUGUUGAAAUAGAUCAUGAUCUCAGUAGAGGUGAGAAGCUUCUUGGAAGCCUUGGAGGUAUGUUUUCAAAGACUUGGAAGCCGAAGAAGACUCGCCCUGUAAAUGGUCCAGUCAUAACUAGAGAUCACUCACCAACGAGAAGAGUUAACCACUUAGAGAAAAGGGAGAAACUGGGACUGAGUCCAGCACCGAAAGCACAAUCGAGAACCCGAGAACCGCUCCCUGAAUCAGCUGAUGCCUAUCAGAGAGUGGAGAUGGAGAAAGCCAAGCAAGACGACGGGCUUUCAGAUUUGAGUGAUCUGUUGGGAGAGCUAAAGAGCAUGGCAGUUGACAUGGGAAGUGAAAUCGAAAAGCAGAACAAAGGACUUGAUCAUCUUCAUGAUGAUGUUGAUGAACUCAACUUCAGAGUACAACAAUCAAACCAGCGUGCCCGCCGUUUGCUCGGGAAGUAG